UCUCUCCUCUCCAGCUUCUUUGUGAUGUAGUGAUGUGGAGGAAGGAAUCCCGCUCACCUUCAUGUGCUGCCCACCCUCUUGUGAGAACUCAGUGAGCUUCUGAAGCCCAUCCUUCCAUAGCCUUACAGGAAUUUCUCAGGAUAUUGACCACACUUUAACUCAGACAAGAAGGAAGGAGCAAUAAACAGCACAGCAUGCUGAGGGUGGCCAGACACCUACCAGUAUUGUUUACCUGGACUCAGUGAGCAAGCUCACCCCAUGUCUGACUGUUGGAACACAGGAAUGUUUCUGGGGCCUGGGAAGAGAAGACCUAUGAGGAAUUGGGGGACCUAAGUAAAUGGGAAUAUUUAAGGGCUUGGAGUAUCUUUCUUCCCCUUCCUUUCUUCCCCUUCUUUCCUUGCCCCACAAAAAUAUGUUUUUCCAGUGUGCUUGUGAGAUAUACUAUGUUUUAUUCCUGCAGAAUCAUAUAUAUUCUCUUUUCUCUCCUCCUUCACUGUUGCCAUCCAUCUUCACUAAUUGAUUUUGACUGAAGAGGCUUCCCAAAUCUGCACAGAGUAGACAAGCAUGGGGAAAUAUGCCUGGUCCUUGCUAACACAGGAAGAAAAGGGGCAGUGCAGGGCUCGGCUGGGUUGGGCAGGUGGGAGAGAGUCCUGUUGCCAAGGGUAGUAGGGUGAGACAGCAGAAAGCUGUGGGGAAAACUACUUGUCUGCAACAGCCAUUCUCUUCCUCCUUAGGAACCCUUCUUUUGGCAGCAGCAGCAGCUGAACACAGAAGAACAAAGCAGCAAUGGGUGGAUCAGACUAAAAACCACUCAGAUUUAUUUUUUCCUUCACAGACAACAAGGGCAUCAAACUAUUUCCUACAAGUUGCUGCCAAAGGCAGCUUCCUGCCUUUCUUUUGGGGUGAAACAGCAUUGCAUUGGCCCUACCCUGUGGAUUGCUGGUGGCACGGUGACUUACACCCCACUGCAAUUGUGCUGGCAGCCUAGGAUGGGCAAUAACAUUUCACUGCUCUUUCAUUUGAGACUCAUUUCAUUAUACGAGGGGAAAAAAUGUACCUCCUAUUUUUCUGGACUCCCCCAGUGCCCUCUCCUUGAGUUUAACAAAAUACCAUAACCCAUCAAGCCAAAAAAAAAAAAAAGAAAAGGAAAAUAAUUGCCCAAAUAAAACAUGAACUUCAAAACAGACUUCAAAAAUUGCCCAAUUUGAUAAAUAAUGAAAAUAGCCAGAGUGGAGAAAUAGAGAAAUCUUCUGAUUGUGGAAAGCAGAAAUAAAAAUGGUUUAUUUCCGUAUUAUAUAAACCCCAAAGUCAUAGAGGUGGCAUUGUGCCAUGCAAAUAAGUUACCAAAGUCAGGAGGAUAAGAUGUGUGAGUACCACUACCACCAUAUAUUCUCUCUGAAUAUGACCUCUUUAAAUAAAUAAAUAAAUGCCAGGCUUAAACAUUGCAUUAUUUUCCUUACAGCUAACCCUAGUGCUCCUGCCAUAAUUCAAGAUGUCCACACAAGGAGGGACAUCUUCCAACUGUUGCAGGGAGAGAAAAGGCAGGGCCAUGUUUGGGAGGGACAAAGCUGAGAGCAAAAGAGGAAGCGACUGCUCAGAAAGUUGAAGGAACAAUUCUGUUAACUCACAAAGCAUCUUCCAGUACCUGUCUCAAGCCUUCUGCAGCUGCUGCCAGACAGUUACAGAAAAUUUUGCCAAGGUGAUUCAUGGUUUGAAUGCAAAUCACUUGACAGAUCGAGUAAUUCAGAGAAGUAAGCGAAUGAUUCUGGAUACUCUUGGAGUGGGGCUUCUGGGUACCAGCACCGAGGUCUGCCACAAAGUGGCACAGUACAGCAAGAUCUACAGCUCAGAUUUAUCCAGUACCAUCUGGGGCCACUUGGAUUUCCGACUGCCUCCUCUGUAUGCAGCUUUUGUGAAUGGAGUGGCUGUGCACUCAAUGGACUUUGAUGAUACCUGGCAUCCAGCCACACACCCAUCCGGGGCUGUGCUCCCUGCAGUGAUUGCACUCUCAGAGGCCUUUCCUCAGAAGAAAAAAAUCUCGGGUCUUGAUCUGCUCUUAGCUUUCAAUGUGGGAAUCGAAGUGCAAGGCAGGUUGCUGCACUUCUCUAGAGAGGCCAGCAAUAUUCCAAAAAGGUUUCACCCACCGGCUGUGGUUGGUACAAUGGGGAGUGCAGCAGCUUGUGCUAAACUGCUAGCUCUUGACCAGCUGGAAUGUAAAAAUGCCUUGGCUAUUGCUGCCUCCUAUGCAGGUGCCCCACUGGCUAAUGCAGCAACCCAAAUAAAGCCUCUCCAUGUUGGGAAUGCUGCCAAGCACGGACUGGAAGCAGCUUGCUUAGCUUUACAGGGCCUUCAAGGAAACAAACAGAUUUUGGACAUGGAGUCAGGGAUGGGUGCCUUUUACACAGAUUACAACCCACAGACUCUGCCAACCUUGCAGUCCUACCCCUGGCUCUUGGACCAGCAAGAUGUAGCCAUCAAACACUUUCCUGCUCAUCUUGCAACACACUGGGUGGCUGAUGCAGCAUCUUCUGUUAGGAGGAAGCUUGUGGAGAGCAGUGAGAACUUGCUCCCCCUUGAUAAAAUUGAGAAAGUGAUUCUCAAAGUCCCUGAGGUAGAAUAUGUGAACAGACCCAGCCCAGCCUCAGAGCAUGAAGCACGACACUCCUUCCAGUUUGUUGCAUGCUCUGCUUUGCUGGAUGGCAGCAUGUCAGUCCAGUCCUUCGCUGCUGAGAACAUCCAGCAGCCGGCCUUGCGGGAGCUCCUCUCCAAAACGCAGCUGGAGCACCCUCCUGACAACUCCCCCAGCUUUGACAGCCUGUACUGCGAAGUGAGCGUCACACUUCGGGACGGCAGCACGGUCAGCGACCGCUGCACUACCUUCUACGGGCACUGGAGGAAACCUCUGAAAAUGGAAGACUUGCAGAAAAAGUUUCAAUCCAAUGCACUCGGCAUCCUGCCCGCAGAAGCCAUGGAAGGCAUUACAGACACCGUGUACAACCUGGAAAAAGUAGAGGACUGUUCUGUGUUAAGUACAUUUCUAUCAGGACAGUCAGCUAGAGCACUUCCAGAGAAGCUGUGCUUCCUUUGAAUGUUCCAGCCAACAGCUACACAUUCUUCACAAAGCCAAUGCUAAAAUAAACACAGCAGAGGCAGGGAGGGGUAGCACUGGAUACUCUGCAGCCUGUCAGGUGUCACUGUAGCCAUUGCAGCUGAGGCAGCAUGAGGGACAGCUCCACUUUCCUCAUCACGAAGGCAUUAUUUCCCAGUUCCACCUUUUUCGCUGCUCUGUGGUACAGGUCUGUUCCUGCUUCACUCCCAACCCCCGUUACAUAACACUGAGUAUUUAAGUUAGUUCAGGCCCAGCAGUGUGGGCUGCAGUACCCUGUGAGCACCAGAGCACUUCCAGUUGUCUAUGGGAGACAACUCAGUGUCCACAGGAACCUUGAUAAUAAAUUCUGGGAAUUUUUUGUUCCCCCAGAGUACAAAGCCUUGCCAGACUGAGUUUCUAGGAGAAGCUGCCAAACCUUUGUUCUCAUUUGUAAAAUCAAACCAUGUGCUCUAACACUUGUAAAAUUGUCUUCCUAAGAGCAUGAAACAAUGUAUGCAAAAAAAAAAAUCACAAAAUAAAUCUAAUUCAUUUUACUAAAUAAAUCUGAAAUAACUUCAUUUAUUAGCCCAAAACUUGUGUAUUUUCCACAUGCAAUGCAUUCAUUUGUGCUGGAUCUUAGGUUAUAAAGUUAGUUUACCUACGGACUCUGCAAAAAAUUCUGAAGUCCAUUAGUUAUACUUGCUUAAAGACUUGCAAGGGCAAAAAAAAAAGCCCCAAACAACCACAUCCUUUUACUUUUCCCUUCUGAUUAGAAAUCAGAAUUGAAUUACUCAUCUAUACUGAAGGUAAACAGUCUCAUUUACAGCUACUUCACUUUUAAUUGCAGUUGGGUAACAGCAAAUGUGAAUUACUGAUAACCAUUAAUGAUGUGAUAAAACCCCAUUAGCCAUACCUUUGGAUUAAAAAAAAAAAA